GGAGCUCUAGGGACUACAACUCCCGGCAAGCUCUGGGUGGCUGGAUUUAACCCUUCAGGGCCCGCGGCUCCCGGGCAUCCCGCCUCUGCCUUUUACCUGGCUGCUGCAGGAGAUGGUGCCCCCAUCUGCACACUGCCCUGUGGCCACUGCACAUCAUGCCUCCCAAGAAAGAUGUUCCCGUGAAGAAACCCACCGGCCUGGCUCUGGGCAAACCUAUGGCCAAGCCAGCGCUGGGGUCUUCUCCAGCCAAGACCAAGUCUGAACCUGGCUCCACUGUCCCCGAGAAAAGCCAGGAUCCUCCCCUCGAUCUCUCCAAAGUGGUGAUCGAGUUUAACAAGGACCAGCUGGAGGAGUUCAAGGAAGCAUUUGAGCUGUUUGACCGAGUUGGGGAUGGCAAGAUCCUGUACAGCCAGUGUGGAGAUGUGAUGAGGGCGCUGGGCCAGAACCCCACCAAUGCUGAGGUGCACAAGGUCCUGGGGAACCCCAAGAAUGAUGAGCUCAAGUCCCGGCGUGUGGAUUUUGAGACUUUCCUGCCCAUGCUCCAGACAGUGGCCAAGAACCGGGACCAAGGCACCUAUGAAGACUACCUGGAGGGGCUCCGGGUGUUUGACAAAGAAGGCAACGGCAAAGUCAUGGGGGCCGAGCUCAGACAUGUUCUCACCACCUUGGGGGAGAAGAUGACGGAGGAGGAGGUGGAGACGGUUCUGGCAGGCCACGAGGACAGCAAUGGCUGCAUCAACUACGAAGCUUUCCUGAAGCACAUCCUGAGCGUCUGAGCUCUGGAGCAUCUUCUCAUCGCCUCGCCUCGGGAGGCCCCUCUCGGCCUGGGGGAGCAAAGCAAGCAAGCAAGCAAGCAAGGAAGCAAGCGAGUCUUCAAGUCCUGGCAACUCCCCAGUUUUUCCUCCACCUCAGCCUGAGGGGGGCCGGCGGAAUCGCGUUCCUGCCACUAGGAGGCCGCCUAGAGUUUUCAAAUAAAGAGCCGGUUCCUCCUUGGG